AUGGCCGGCGACCCCUUUCUCUCGGACCCGGCACGCAAGCGCAAGCGGCCCGCCCGCGGCGCGCCCGGCGGCAAAGGCAGCCGCGGCAACGCCCGCGCCACGCGAGACUCCGACAUCUCCAGCGGCUCCGAGGACAUGGACUCAGACUCGGACAGCACACACAAACACGAGCGCGACGACGGCGACGUGUCCUCCGGCGAGGAGUUUGCCGAGGAGAACGCGGCCGACAAAAGACGGCGGCUCGCCAAGCAGUACUUGCACAACUUGAAGCAGCAGCAAAUCCAGGGCGACGACUUCGACGCGCAGGACUUGGACGACGAGCUCGUGGCGCGGCGGCUCCAGGACGACGUGGCGGAAAACAGGGGCAAGAUGUACAAGAUGCUCGGGGCCACGGUCGCGCAGCAGGAGGCGUCGCGGCGCGUGCUGACCGCGCGCGUCGGGCUGAAGAACGUGACCGGCGUGGCCGUGCACUACCCGCACGUGUACACGGUGUCCAAGGACAUGGAGUUGGUCAAGUGGACGGCCGGGCGGCACGGCAAGCCGCGGCGCGCCAGGCACUGCCGCGGCGGGCCGCGCUUCGCCGCCGUCGACGCCAAGAACCCGGCCGCCAACCACCACCACGGCGCCAUCAACUGCGUGGCCGCGUCGCCCGACGGCCGCUUCGUGGUCACCGGCGGCCAGGACGCGCGCCUCGUCAUCUGGGCGCUGGAGAGCCUCGCGUGCUUGAAGGUGUUGCCCACGCGCGCGCCGGUCACCGCGCUCGCGUUCCGCCGCGGCUCGGACCAGCUCUACGCCGCGUGCGCCGACUUGCGCAUCCGCACGUACUCCGUGGCGCAGCACGCGCAGUUGGAGACCUUGUACGGCCACCAGGACACCAUCGUGGGCAUCAGCGCGUUGGCGCGCGAGGGCUGCGUGUCCGUGGGCUCGCGCGACAAGACCGCCAUGUACUGGAAGAUCGCGGAGGAGACGCGCUUGACGUUCCGCGGCGGCGAUGGCGACGGCGCCGGCAAGCCCGCCAAGCCUGGCAAGCCCGCGGCGCCGCUCCACUGCGAGGGCUCCAUCGAGGCCGUGGCCAUGGUGGACGAGACGCACUUCGUCACGGGCUCCGACAACGGCAGCGUGUCCUUCUGGUCCUUGGGCAAGAAGAAGGCGCUCCACACGCAGCGCUUGGCGCACGGCGUGGUGCCGCCGCCGCCGCCGGCCCGCGCCAGCGCCGAGGACAGCGCCGCGCUUGCGGCGCGCCAGGUUCCGCCGAGCCAGCCGCACUGGAUCACCGCGGUGUGGGCCGUGCCCUACAGCGACCUCUUCGUCACGGGCUCGCACAGCGGCGCCGUGCACUUGUGGCGCAUCGACUCCGCGUCCUUCCGCACGUUUGCGCUCGUGGGCUCCGUCCCGGUCAAGGGCUGCGUGGUGCUGAUUGACGGCGCGGAGCUCGCCGACCCGAAGAGGUUGGUCGUGUACAUUGCCACCAGCAAGGAGCACCGGCUCGGCCGCUGGUUGGGGCCCGUGCCGGGGCGCAACGCCGUGGUUUCCGUGGAGUUUGACCUCUAG